AUGUGGCUGCGGGCAGAGACCAAGCCACAGGAGACGCGGACGCCUGUGACUCCCGCCGGGGUCAAGGAGCUCAUUGCUGCCGGAAACGACAUUGUGGUCGAGUCGGCCGGCCAUCACACCCGUCGCGGCACACCGACAGCUCCGCCCAGCCUCUCGCCGGUUCCGGGGGCCAAGCUUGUGCCGGCCGGAUCGUGGCCCGAGGCGCCCAAGGAGACCAUCAUCCUCGGGCUCAAGGAGCUGCCCGAGCCGGCGAGCGAGGCGCUCGUCCCGCUCAAGCACCAGCACAUCAUGUUUGCGCACGUGUACAAGAACCAGACCGGCGACAAGGAGCUGCUCGAGAGGUUCGAGGCCGGAGGCGGCUCCAUCUUUGACCUCGAGUUCCUGCACGCGCCCGGAACCACCGACCGCAUCGCUGCCUUUGGCCACAUGACCGGAUACUCGGCUGCCGUUCUCGCCACCCACGUCUACGCCCAGCAGCGGAUCGACCCGCACGCGCCGCUCGGCACCAUCGAGCCAUACACUUCAGAGAGCGAGGCCAAGGAGUUCCUCGUCGACCUCCUCGCCAAGGCCGGCGUCGACAUGCCGUCGGCACACGUCAUCGGCGCUCACGGCCGCUGCGGCACGGGCGCCACUCGCUUCUUUAACGAGCUCGCCGAGAUGAUGGGCAAGGACAAGCCCGACCUUGUCGGCUGGGACAGCGCCGAGACCGCGGCCGGCGGGCCCUUCCCCGAGGCCUUUACUCGCGACAUCUUCCUCAACGCUGUUUACCUCCCUGUCGGCGUCACCAUCCCGCCGUUCAUCACUCAGGACAUGGUCCCGUCGGUUGCCUCCUCCGUCAUUGUCGACAUCUCCUGCGACUACACCGUGGCCGACAACCCCAUGCCCAUCUACCAUGCCUCGACCUCGUUCCUCGAGCCGACGCUCCGCCUCCGCGAGCCGCCAGCUCCGCUUGACCUCAUCGCCAUCGACCACCUUCCGGCCAUGCUCCCGCGCGAGGCCUCGGCCCACUACGCCGCUGACCUCCUGCCCUACCUCCUCGCCCUCGGCAACCCGGACUCGCCGCUCCACUCAACCUGGACCGCCGCCAAGGAUCUCUACUACGCCAACGUCGAGCGCGUCCUCGGCCGUCGCUCAGUCUCUGCCCCGCCGUCGUAGAUAAACAGCCCCCCGCCCCAUA